GCACUCCAUUUUUUUCUGGUGGAGAUGGAAAAUCCUGAGGAUAAAAAGGAAACUUAGAAAAGAGAGUACAUAUACAAUACAAGACAACUUCACACACACAACACUUUCCUCUCUCUCUCUCUCUCUCUCUAGGGUUCCGAGUUUGAAGUUGAAAGUGUUGAACUAUCUCUAGCUAGCUUUUCACAAAUUUGGUUGCACUUGCAACUGAGGCAGGAAAGAGGGGCACGAGAGGAGGAAGAGGAAAGAGAAGAAAAACCAAGAAAAGUGGAGAAAGGGAUAGGUGUUGUACAGAAAUAGAAAUUAAAAUUGAGUGAAAAUUAAAGAGAAGAAGGAGUGAUAGGGAGAUAUGGGUAGGGGAAGAGUGGAGUUGAAGAGGAUAGAGAACAAGAUAAACAGGCAAGUUACGUUUGCAAAGAGGAGAAAUGGGCUUCUCAAGAAAGCCUAUGAGCUAUCUGUUCUCUGUGAUGCUGAGGUUGCCCUCAUCAUCUUCUCCAACCGUGGCAAGCUUUAUGAGUUCUGUAGCAGCUCUAGCAUGCUCAAAACACUUGAAAGGUACCAGAAAUGCAGUUAUGGUGCUGUGGAAGUUACCAAACCUGCCAAAGAGCUCGAGCAGAGCAGCUAUCGUGAAUACUUGAAGCUGAAAGCAAGAUUUGAAUCACUUCAAAGGACUCAAAGAAACCUUCUAGGGGAAGACCUGGGCCCACUGAAUACCAAAGAACUUGAGCAUCUUGAACGGCAAUUGGAUUCAUCUCUAAAGCAAGUGAGGUCCACAAAGACACAAUUCAUGCUGGACCAGUUAUCUGAUCUUCAAACUAAGGAGCAGAUGUUGGUAGAAGCAAACAGAUCCUUGACAGUGAAGCUGGAAGAAAUCAAUUCAAGAAACCACUACAGGCAAUCAUGGGAAGCUGGUGAUCAAAGUAUGCCAUAUGGUGGUGGUCCACAGAAUUCUCACUCUCAUCAGGGCUUCUUCCAGCCAUUGGAAUGCAACCCUACAUUGCAGAUUGGUCCUGAUUACAGGUACAAUGAUGUAGCUUCAGAUCAGAUAACUGCCACAACUCAACCUCAACAAGUGAGUGGCUUUAUUCCAGGGUGGAUGCUGUGAAAUUAGGCUCAGUAUUCAGUUGGAGACAUAAAAGCAAACCUUACAAAAGGGCAAAGCCAAAAAUGCAUCUUGGUGUUGGCAAGGUGUAAAUGUAACCCUGCUUCUAUUAUUAUUUUGGUAUAAGAAACAGAUGUGUUGUGACUUGUUCAAACUUGUGAGAACCUUUUUAGCCAUAGACAUAUGGCAAUUUAUAACAUUCGGAAUCUUUUGAAGGAUCCUUUUUUAUUAUUUAAAUAUCCGAGCGACCGGUUUCAAUUUU